UUUUGCACCCACAAUAAAGCAUCCAUAUAAACCUUGGGAGGAUCCUCUAAAAAGAGGAAACAGACCCGCCAUUUUCCUGCAAACCUCCAGUCCUUUUAAACCCAGCAGGGGGAGGCGAGAUCCGAGAAAAGGAAAGGGGGAGUUAGACAGAAAGAGAGCGAGAAAGAGAGACGGUGGGAGAGGGAGAGUGCGUGACAGAGGGGUUAAGAAAGACUGGACGUUUUUAAUAGAAGAGGAAACGUUUGUCAGGUGGCGGAAUAGUGCACAUCCCGGGGACUGCCAGCAUUGCUAUUGGAUUUAAUAUCCCGAUCAGAUUUCCCCCCUCUUUUUUUGUUUUCCCCUUUUCUGUUCAUUUAAAACCGCGAGGAUGUCUGGACAGAGCAUAACGGACAGGAUUACCGCGGCGCAACACAUCGUUACCGGUUCCGCCGUGUCCAAAACGGUGUGCAAGGCGACCACGCACGAAAUCAUGGGGCCAAAGAAGAAGCAUUUGGAUUAUCUGAUCCAUUGUACCAAUGAGAUGAAUGUUAACAUCCCUCAGCUGGCCGACACGCUGUUUGAGCGAACCACCAACACGAGCUGGGUGGUCGUCUUCAAAUCCCUCAUCACCACACACCAGCUUAUGGUCUACGGCAACGAGAGAUUUGUACAAUAUCUGGCCUCCAGGAACACAUUAUUCAACCUCAGUAAUUUUUUGGACAAAAGUGGUUUACAAGGAUAUGACAUGUCCACUUUCAUCCGGAGGUACAGCCGCUACUUAAACGAAAAGGCCGUCUCAUACCGACAAGUGGCGUUUGACUUUACGAAAGUAAAAAGAGGGGCUGAUGGUGUCAUGAGAACUAUGAACACAGAGAAGCUCUUAAAGACCAUCCCCAUCAUCCAAAACCAGAUGGAUGCACUCCUUGACUUCAACGUAAAUGCCAAUGAGCUCACAAACGGGGUCAUCAACGCUGCGUUCAUGCUUCUGUUUAAAGACGCCAUCCGUCUGUUUGCGGCCUACAACGAAGGCAUCAUCAACUUGCUCGAGAAGUACUUUGACAUGAAGAAAGUUCAGUGUAAAGAAGGUCUGGACAUCUAUAAGAAAUUCCUCACUCGGAUGACAAGAAUCUCAGAGUUUCUCAAAGUGGCAGAGCAAGUGGGAAUCGACCGAGGGGAUAUACCAGACCUGUCACAGGCCCCCAGCAGUCUUCUGGAUGCCCUGGAGCAGCACUUGGCUUCAUUAGAGGGGAAAAAGGUUAAAGACUCCACGGCCGCCAGCAGAGCUAGUACUCUGUCUAACGCUGUAUCCUCCCUGGCCAACACGGGUAUCUCUUUCACCAAAGUCGAUGAGAGAGAGAAGCAGGCUGCAUUGGAGGAAGAACAGGCGAGAUUAAAAGCACUUAAGGAGCAGCGUCUGAAGGAGCUUUCCAAGAAGCCCUCCACCACGGCUGGAUCACCUGUUUCCACGGCGACGGGCACCAUCAGUACCGCUCCAGCCAUUGACCUGUUCUCCUCACCCAGUAGCUUCACUAACAAUACUCCAAAGGUUCCCAAUGAUCUGUUGGACCUGCAGCCAGCGUUCCAGCCCGCCCUGCCUCUCACCUCUGGGCUGCCUUUAACCAACUCAUGGGGAGAUCCUUUCACCUCUUCGGAAGCCGUCGACGACUCCAUUCCAAACUUUAAUCCUUUCCUUACAAAACCUGUUGUCGAUCCCAUGCAUCUGCCUGUUGUGUCUUCAGAUGCUGUUAGUUUUUCUAGGACACCCAGUCAUGAAAUGUUUGGUGAUAAUUACAAUCCCUUUAUUGAUUCGAGCAGUUCUGUUGCAUCACCCGUCGAGCCCUCCGCUUGGAUGGGCGGCUUCCUCACAGACUCCUUCUGCUCUCCAGCUGCUGUCUAUCCUAACACUCCUCUCUUCCAAUCUGAGCCCUCCGCUGUAGCUGGACUAUUCGGAGGGUUCUCGGCUCCUCCUGCCGCCCAGCCUCCGAGCUCGACAGGCCUUAAUGUCGACUUUGAUUCUGUGUUUGGCAAUAAGUCAGCCACUGGCACCACAGACUCUGCAGAUGAUAUUUUAGGUGGCAUACUGAAACCCACAGUGGCUUCUCCAAACCAGGGCAUGACGCCCAGUGCCCAGCAACCAGGCAAACUGGUUUCUGAUGACUUGGAUUCCUCCUUAGCAAACCUCGUGGGCAAUCUCGGUAUUGGAAACGGAACGAUGAAAAAUGACAUUCACUGGAGUCAACCGGGAGAAAAGAAGUUAACCGGAGGAAACAACUGGCAACCAAAGAUGGCCCCAUCAACAACAUGGAACCCUGCCACCAUGAACGGCAUGCUUUUCCCACAAUACGCUCCCUCUGUGAUGGCCUUUCCCGCCACAACGCCCACAGGCAUGAUGGGAUACGGAAUGCCCCCUCAGAUGGGCUCUGUGGCAAUGAUGACCCAACCCACUAUGAUGUACACACAGCCUGUGAUGCGGCCGGCCAACCCCUUCGGCCCAGUAUCAGGGGCACAGCUUUCAACUGCCUCUAGUCCUUCCAGUUCAAGUCCUCUCAGAGCUCCAGGACAGGAUCCUUUUGCACAGCUCUCUCUGAAGGAUUUCCUUUAGAGCGUCUUUAGAUGCAGUUCAUGUAGGUGAAGAAGGGUCGACGCCUCCCAAGGAUGAAUUACACAGCAAAUCUCAAACCUUUAAUCUCUCUGUAGUCGGCCAUUGGGCUCCUCGCAGAGCGUUGUGCCCCAGUACAGGAUCAGAGGGGAAGGGCGGGUGGGGCAUUAUGGUAUAUGAUGGGAGGGGUUUUGUCGCCUAAGUCAGAUGGAAUACAUGGCGCUCAUUUUGUAAUUUGUACAACGUGGUUACUUUGUGCUGUUAUUGUACCGAUCGGAAUUUAAAGAAACGCACAAUGUGGAGAAGUGCGAGCGCAAGUAUGUGGUGGGUUAACACCCAUAUACAGCUUCACUUAAAAUGACAAAAUGAUGGAUCGAGGGGUGGGAAAUGGGGAGGGGGUUUCUUUAUCUGAUCAUCAAUCAAGCAUUACCUAAUUUAACCAUCACCGAUUAGAAAUUCUAACAUCUGUUUCUAUUAUGAUUAUUAUUUUUAUUUUUCUAUGUUAAGCUGUCUGCAGUAGACAUUCCUUGUGUAUUGUUUGUAUUUAUUUAUGAUUUACCCACUGAGGACAUGGAAGAAGAAAUCGAUGAUUUCUUUUUACUUUUAAGCGCUUCCUCACGGAAGGUGUUUAGGAGCAUCGCGCUGAUGAUAUGGGUAUGAUUGGUUGUAUAAUUCGGAUUUCAAGAGUGACUGAAUUAUAAAAAAAAGAUAUAAUAUAAAUGUGGGGGACACCGAUAAACUGACCGAUAUAGCACUAGACAAAAAAAAAAACCGGGUGUAUGUCUAGUGCCAUUUCUUUGUAGCUCAAACACUCACCGCCCUUCAUUUGUAAUGAAUAUACAAUAAAAUACACACCUCAUUAUGCCACAUAGUCCGUGCCCGGGGAUGGGAGGGGGAUUUCGGGUCUCGCAAGGGGAGCAUUUAUCGGAUUAGCAAAGCACUACAUUCGUGAUUCUGCGUCAUUGCAUUGGGGAAGACCUGUAUUGCUUCUUGCUUGGCAUGUCAUUAUUUUACAUGAAAAGUUACAUGGCUGCCUUUUCAACAUGAAUGUGCAGAGUCGCCUUCGUUUUCAGGCCAUCCUUCUUAGGCAAGGGUGAACAAUUAUGUGUGUGCGUGUUUGUGUGUAUGUGUGAGAGAGAGAAUGUAAGGGAGGGCUGCAUGUUGAUGUCAUCGGGAUGGGUCGGUCACUUUAAAAUUAGCCGUAGGUGAGGUAGCGUGAGGGAGGGGUGCUGUUGAUCAGCACUGGGUGUACAUAAAACUGUCCAAUAGGGAAGCAUGAAGGAUGGUCUGAAUGUGAGGGCGAUUCUAUUCACUGAUUUAGCAUAUGUACUGCAUCAUCCCUGCAGAUUCUAUUUUUGUUUAUACGACAAAAAAUAAAGCAGAAUUUGGGUGAUUUUCAAAUAAAGUACAGCUUCCACUGAA